AUGGCGCUCUCCCGCUCUGCGUCGCCUGCGCCGUCGCGCGUGUCUGGGCGCAGCAUGUUCCGCCCCUCACUGCCCUCCGCGAGCUCGUUCUUCUCCGCGCGCUCAUCCUCUUCCUCCGCCCGCGCGACUUCCCCCUUCUCCUCCUCCGCCUACACUCACGCCGCUGCCGCCUCCAGCGCCGCCGCCCCCUCCGCACCCAUGGGUCCGCCGGCAUCCCUCAUGCCCCCCGCGGCCGCCCCCCGCCAUGCUUCUCCCGUGCGCUCUUUUUCCUCCUCCCACUCUGUUCCGACAACCCCCCGCCGAUCCAAUCUCCAGCAGCUGGCGCAACUUAUUGUCUCCCCCCAGCUUGCGCGCUCUCAGCAUCCCGUUCCGCCCGCGCCGCACCCCAUGACCCUCACCCCGUCCGCCAAUGUUGAUCCUUCCCGGUCGGGUUCCCCCCGUCCAAGUUCCCCUAUUCCCAGCUCCCCCCGGCACAGCUACCCCCAGCCUUCUUCCCCCAAUCCCGCUUCCGCUCAUCCCAGUUCUCCGCGCCAUAACUCCCCCUACGCGCUGCCCGCCUUUCCCGGAAGCGGAGGCUCCGUCUCGCGCCCAAGCUCCCCCGCCCCUGCGCGUCCGCCAGGCACUCCGCGGGCAUCCGCGUCUUCCGCCUCUAACACCGGCGCGAACUUCGUCGGCGGAGCGUUUGGCCCCACGCGGGGAGUGCCCGGAAUGAUCACAGUAGCCAGCGCCGUUCCGCCGCCCGCGCCCGCGAACGCCGGCGGAAGCGGAGGAGGCGGAGUCGGAGGAUCGUCCGCGACAGGGUAUGCUGCGCAGCCGUCCGUCCUAGCCGCGCCGCCGACGUAUGCCCGCUCCAACAGCCACAGCACGGGCCAGCGCGCCGCAGCAGGAGGAGGAGCGCAUGGGUUGCACUUUUACGGCGGCAGCGCCAACGUUGGCGGGGGCGGAAUCCCUUCGUCCCCAUCGUCUUCAUCCGCCGCCGCCCUGCGAUCCCGCGACCACCACCACCACCACCAGUACCCUUCCGCCUCCGCCGCCGCUCCCCCCGCGUCGCUCGCUUCCGCCACGCCCGCCAGCGCCGCUCCGCCAGCCAGAACGCACUCGCUUUCCUCGGCGCAGCGCCGGCUGCUGUCGUCCGUCGAUGCGCUGCUCGCAGCUGCCGCCGUGGCAGGCGGUGUGGGAAGCAUCAGCAACAACACGCCUGCCACGUCAUCAUCGUCAUCUUCUCGCGCGCCUGCUCGAGCGGAUGCCGCUCCGCCUUCCGCCGUCACCUCCCCGCCAUCCAAACCCGCGUCGCCUCCGCUGGCUCCGCUCCCAGCUAUUGCUCUUCCCCCCAUCCGCGUCCCCGCACGGCAAUCGGCGGCGCCGUCAGUCUCCGCGGCUUCCCCGCGCAGCGCGUCCGCUUCGCCUUCCGCCGCCUCCGCUCCGCCUCACACUCUCCGCGCGGUCUUUGGCUCGCCGAGUGGUUGCGGCGGCAGCAGCGCCAAUGCAAGCGCGCCGAGCGGCGACGAACGUGCGGCUGCUGCUGCUGGACACGUGGCGACCACGCCGCAAAGGAAGGAGGCGAAGCCCCCCGACCUGUACGUGCCGUACCACGCCGCGCCAGGAUCGUCUUUAUCGACCGCAGCGGCGGCGGCGGCGGCGGGGCCGGCAGCGCAGCCACAAGCACCCGCAGCUCCAGGCGCAACAAGCGGCGUGCUAUCCGAACCGGCAGGCUCGAAGGCAGCAGGCGCGCGAGGCAGUUCCGGCGGCGCAACAAACGCCGGACACGUCGGGAGCGCGUCGACCGGAGCCGCAGCAGCGGGAGCGGCGGCGGCGCCGGGAAGAGUCGACUCCGCAGCAAUGCCGGGAGGUGGAAGCAUAAGCAAGACGUGGAUAUUGGACUCCGCAGGCGGUUCGGGUUUGGGAGGCGGUCCGGCGGUGACGGCUAUGGCGGGGUCCAUGGGCAGUGCCACGUCAGCAGUGGCCGUUGGAGGGGUCGAGGAUCCGUUACCUAAUUGGGACCCUACUGACGACCGCCUUAGCAGCGUUGCUGGCAGCGACAAGGUCGUACCUGGGGGAGGUGCACCUGCAGAUAAGCGCAGCGCGGGAGGGGGAGGUACAGUCACGUGGGGAGGGGUGAUCGGCGGAGGCGGAAUGGUGGAUCGGCGGGAAGUGGCGCGGAAGUGGGUGGCGGGACAUGCGGCGGCCGGAGCGGAGCAGGUUAACGGCGGGAGCGGAAUAGGCGCAGGGGUUGACGGAGGGCUGGGCGGAAGCAGCGGCAUGGGCGGGGCGUAUGGGAACGCGUUCUACCGCAUGGGGCGCACGCGCGCGUGGGCGACGCGGCGCGCGGGAACGGCGGUGCUGCGACACGGCGCGCUGGUGUGCCUGCGGUGGGGGAAGGACAAGCUGCUGGCGGCCGUUGAGUCGAACGGACGCUGGGAGCUCGGCGCGGUGCCCCUGCCGCCGGUCGACACCUCCGCGCAGUCCGCGGAUGCCGCCACUGCGGGAGGCGCAGGCGCAAGCGCACGCGCCGCCGCGGGCGGGGGAACUGGCGGAACGGACAGCGCGGCGGGAACCAACGGUUCGUCGGCGUCAGCGUCGCCAGCGUCGUCUGCGUCGUCAGGGUCGUCGUGCGACGGCGUGCCUCUGGAGGGCGUGUUCGUGCUGAUGUGCUUCGGCGGCGGGCGCGUGGGGCUCCGCUCCGUCGCCGCGGACGGGCGCUGCCUCUCCGCCACCGCCACGCCGACCUCCGCGCACUACUUCGCGGGAUGGUGCUUCCAGGAAACCGAGGAGCUGGGCGGGGUGUUGGAGGGCGCGGUGCUGCUGAGCAGUGUGGUGCAUCCGGCAGCGGUGAUGCAGGUGCACGUGCAGGGCAUCUCCGCGCUCUCCCACCGCGCCUGGCGCCACACCCAGAACGAGGCCAGCGCCGCCAACCGCCUCCGCGGCCAGGUGCUGCAACUGAGGGACAGGGUGCGGCUACUAGAGGCAUCAGAGACAGUGGCAGCCAUGGCAGCAGCGGAUGCGGCAGCAAGGGAGGGCGGAUCCGGGGCAGGUGACACCGCGCUCAAGCUGCCUCUGGCGGAGGAGGAAGCGGAGGAGCGGCGGAGCCAGCAGCGCGCGGGGAAUGCGAGCAGAGAAAGGCGCAGGUGGCUCAGCGAGAUCACUGGGGGAGUCGCGGGCGGAGGCGGAGAGAUUGGCGCCAGUGGGGUGGCGUAUGGGGCUAAGGGGAGCGCGACAGCGCAGGCGCAGGCGCAGGCGCAGGCGGAAGCAGAGGCGGAGGCGGAGGCGCAGAGGGCGGAGCUGGUGGCUGUGAAGAGAGAGGCGGAAGAGCUGCGGACAAGGCUGCGCGGCAUGGAGGGCAAGGCAUCAGAGAGCAUGCUGGCAGCGCUGCAGCACAAGAUAGAGCGGCUGGAGCGCCUGCACGCGCACCCCACGGCGCCACCGUCCCCGCCGUCGCCACCCUUGCUGUCCUCAUCGUCGCCGCCGUUGCUGGCGUCUGGAGGGAACCCCCGACGCCUCGCCCGCGCUGCUUCCUCCUCCGCUGCUGCCGGAGCAUCAUCGUCAGCAUCAGCAGCAGCAGCUGCUGCAGCGGCCUUCCAUGGCUUGUCCUUUUCUCCGCCUCUGCACUCCCCGUCUCCGCCUCCCCUCUCCGCCAAUCAUCCUUCCGCCGCUGCCGGAUCGCCCCCUCCCCCUCUCUCCCUAUCCGGGGCCCCUUACCCCGCGUCUAGCGCCUCUUCCGCGCGCAGAGAGCUGGGGGGCUGGGGAGACGCGGGCGCGCGGAAGGAGAGGGAGCGGGAGAGAAGGCAGGCGUGGGAGCGAGAUCGCGAGGAGCGGAAGCGGCAGGAGGAGGCGGAACGAGAGAGCGCGCGGGAGGGCGCGCGGGAGAGGGCGCGCGAGAUGGAAAGGGAGCGGGAGCGCGAGCGCGAACGGGAGCGCGAGAGGGAGAGGGAGCGGGAGAGGGAGCGGGAGAGGGAGAGGGAGCGGGAGCGGGAGAGGGAGCGGGAGCGGGAGAGGGAGCGGGAGCAGGAUCGGGGGCGGCGGAUAGCGGAGCGGAUGCUCGAGAAGGAGCGGGAGCGGGAGAGGGAACGCGCGCGCAUGAUGCGGAGGCUGAAGAGUCCGCAGGAGGCGGCGGCAGCAGAGGCGGCCGCGGAGGAGAUGCGCGUGCGGGUGCACCAGGGGAGCGACAACCUUGGGCUUGACGCGUUCUGCCGCAUGCACAGCCAGGGGAGUCUGCCGGGCAGCCUGAGAGAGAGCCUGGCGGGGAGCGUGCAUGGGAGCCUGCAUGGGAGCUUGAGGGGGAGCUUGAGAGAGGGGUUGCAAGGGAGGAGGAAUGGUGGUGGUGGUGAGGAGGGUGGGGUGAGGAGGUCUGGGGAGGGAACGGGGGUGGGUGGUGGUGCUAGUAGCGGGGUUUGGUGGGGGGGAGGACGAGGAGGGGAGGGUGGGGACAGGGUGGAGGGAGGAAAACACGGUGGUGGUGGUGGCUGCAGCAGCAGCAGCCGGCUUGUGAGACAGGCGUCAGCAGGAGCAGCAAUGGGCGGAAGAGGAGGAGGAGGAGAAUCGGGAGCUAGAAGCAGUGUGGAGGAGAGCCAGGGCGGCUUGAGCGCUCUGUUCGAGCCUGUGCUUCAAAAGAGGUCCGAGAGCUCGUGUGAUGGGGAGGAGUGUGACUCUAUGGGGCGGGUGCGGGGUGGAAAGGACGGGAGCAGCCUGCAGCUAACAGAGAGAGUGUAA